GUCACAUCACUCCACCGCCACGUCCUUUCUCUCCGACGGGAUGUUAUGUCGAUAUUUGUCUCUUUGCUUAUAAAUUUCUUGUAUUCAUCCUCAUCAUCAUUCAUUCUUCUUCACUACAAAACUAUCAUAGUUUUCUCACAAUCACAACACAAUAACCAUAACCAUGUCUCUUCCUCAUCAAUCUCUCUACCCACAAGUUCACUCCACUAACCCAGACGCAAACUCCCCUUUCUCUCACGCUUCAACCUCCUCUUCAAUGUAUCCCUCAGUCGGCAAUCCCACCACGGCGCAGCAGCCAUCGGAGCAUGUUCUCGUCACCGUCCCCGGCGUGAUUCUGCAUCUCAUAGAAAAAGACUCCAGCGUCCACCUCGCUUCCGGCGACCUCAACAUAAUAAGCCUCAUGGAAGGGGACAGAGUCGUCACUGUUUUGGCCUCCGUUGGUGAUCAAGUUCAGUGGCCGUUAGCUAAGGACGUUUCAGCGGUGAAGCUUGAUGACUCUCACUAUUUCUUCACGAUUAGAGUUCCAAAGGAGGGUGGAGAGUUUGAAGUGCUGAACUAUGGUGUCACCGUGGCAGCGGAAGGGAGAGGAAGAGGGAAGGAACUCGAUGAGGUUCUGGAGAAGUACUGUUUUCUGUCGGUGGAGAAGGUGGAGGGUUUGGGAAAUUGGGCGGUGUUGAAAUCAGAGGAGAAGGGAGUGGCGGUGGAGGAGAAAUCGGCGGCGUAUUGGACCACGUUGGCUCCAAACGUGGAGGAUUACAGCAGCCGUUUCGCGAGGUGGAUAGCUUCUGGGUCGGGUCAGAUGGUGAGGGGGAUUCUCUGGUGUGGGGAUGUUACUGUGGAUAGGUUGAAAUGGGGGAAUGAUUUCUUGAAGAAGAGGUUGCAGCCUGGUGAAAAGAACUCACAAAUCAGUCCCCAAGCCAUGGAGAGAAUGAAAAGGGUUAAGAAUUUGACUAAGAUGUCAGAGAAAGUGGCCCUUGGAAUUCUCUCAGGGGUUGUGAAGGUGUCUGGAUUCUUCACUAGUUCAGUAGUCAACUCUAAACCGGGAAAGAAAUUCUUCAGCCUUCUUCCCGGAGAAAUUGUUCUUGCUUCCAUGGAUGGAUUCAAUAAGGUCUGUGAUGCUGUAGAAGUAGCUGGAAGGAAUGUCAUGUCUACUUCAUCAGUUGUUACCACCGGACUAGUUUCACAUAAAUAUGGAGAAGAAGCUGCUCAGGUUACAAAUGAAGGCCUUGAUGCUGCAGGGCAUGCAAUUGGAACAGCUUGGACUGUGUUCAAACUUAGGAAAGCACUCAACCCAAAGAGUGUGAUCAAACCAACAACACUAGCUAAAGCUGCUGCCCGAGCAAGCUCUGCUGAACUGAAGGCUAAGAAAUAACUAGUGAUGGCAACAUUAGAAUGAGGAUGUUCCCAAUCCCAUACAUAUGUAUAUUUGUUGUAUUGGUUUAAUAGUUUGUUUGUUAUUUUAAUUAAUUUUGAUCAAGAUUAGUGUAUGUAGUAAAUGGUAGAUGUUUAUGAAAAGAAGUUGCCUUUGUUACA